AAAAGAUUCAAAUAGUAAAGUCUCUCGUGCGUUGUAAUGGCGACUUCCAUUUCUUUUCCUUUUCUUUUCAUUUUUACCCCCCAAAGGAUCUAGACACGUGUUGUACCCGGGAAAGAGAGAAGUUGAACACUCCCGGCGUCCCAAAUCUCGGAUCCCAUAUCAAAACUUUGCCCAAUUUCGAUUUCGAACUCUCUUUUUCCCUGUGGGGGCUGAAUUUUCAAUUUCUCUGGGUUUUCUUGGUGUUGGCUUUCAUGGAAUAUUCCCAAGAUUUAUGUAACGUGGAGCGUGAUGGGGAUGCCAGGAAACCCACGGCCUGUACAUCGUCAACAUUGCCUUGUAGCUCAGGAGGGUCAGGUUACCGAUUGUUCGGUCGCCAAGCCUCUGUCCACCAGUGUAUGGGCGGAGGUCUAGCUGCUGAUAUUCUGUUGUGGAAGCGGCGGAAUGUUUCUUUAGGCAUCAUUGCGGUAGCUACAGUUGCAUGGCUCCUGUUUGAGCGGUCUGGAUUAUCGUUCUUAUCAAUUUGUUCAGAUGUGUUGCUGAUUUUAAUUGUACUGUUGUUUCUUCAUGCCAACUAUGCUGUUUUCAGAGAUAGACAAUUGCAAACAUUACCAGAGCUAGUAUUGUCAGAGGAAAUGGUUAAUAAUGCUGCAGCAUCAUUUCGUGUUAAAAUCAAUAAUGUGCUGCUUAUGGCUCAUGACAUCACGCUUGGCAAGGAUUUUAGACUUUUUUCUAAGGUGGUUGUUUGUGUGUGGCUCUUGUCCGUCAUUGGGAGCUUCUUCUCUUUCUUCACAAUCGCUUAUAUUGGAACCAUUGUAUUUAUUACAGUUCCUGCCUUGUACAGCAAGUAUGAAGAGCGUGUGGAUAGGUAUUGCGGAAUGAUCCACCGGCAAUUUUCAAAGCACUAUAAAAUAGUGGAUGAAAGUGUGAUUAGCAGACUUCCUCGAAGUUUAACCAAGGACAAGGAUGCAUAGUUCUGAUGUUCUAGUUUCAGUCGCAAUGAUAUUGUGCAGAAGACUCGAGAGUUUCAGAUGCAAUUUGAAGUCAUCUGUACUUUUGUUGUUGUCUAUAUGUUGGACCGGAAUGAAAUCCCUGCUUUUCCUUAUUCUCUUUGUGCAUAACGGGAGGAUUCUUCCCUAUUAUCUUUCAUCAUAGUAUAGUAGGAAGAAAAUUCUACUUAUCAUCCCCUACACCAAACAUUAUGUGAUUUAUCAUUUUUGUUAUUCUAUUUAAACACACAUAUUUACAUAUA